GUGCGACAUGGCAGCUGGUGGGAUUCCAUGGGCAUCUUGUUCCGUAUCAUGGAGCCUGUGUACGACCUACUGCACAGGUUGGACCGCGGAGGGCUGCACAUGUCGCGGGUGGUUGGGUGGACACCGGAUCUGGCCCACCAGGUAGCAAAGGAGGUUUGUGCACUUCCGACAGAUCUUGCACACUACAUUGUGCAGAGGGUGCAAGCUCGAUACGCUCACAUGCUGGAGCCGGCGCACGCCGCUGCUCACCUUCUCUGUCCCAGCCGGCGGGACUUGCGGUACUUCGAGGGCGUGGUCAGUGACUACGACGCGAGCUUGGUGAGGGAGGCGGAGACUUACAUCUUGUCGCAGACAGGGUUUAGUGUGGCGAGCUGCGACUACGAGACCGCAUGUGCACAGUUGCACGACUUCCACACACGGAGGGGGACGAUUGCUUGGGGGGGGAGAGAUGGAGAUAGAGAUGCACAGAGGUGCAGGGGCGAUGCGGAGACGUACGAGUCCGGUUGUUGGUGGUCGAGGUACGGGCAGUGCGCCCCGCAGUUGCAGGUUAUCGCUCUUCGUACGAAGAAGCGUAACCGACUUGAGUUCGAGAAGGUCGCGAAGUUGGUUGAGAUCUCAGCCAACGUCCGCCUUCUCUCUCAUCAGCGGGCAGGCCGCGGGUUCGUGCUGCCGUGGACUUUAGAUGAGUCGUUGUUGGACGUGGAGGGAGGUAUCGGGAUUCGCCUCUCGUGGAAGGGGACGAACGAGAGCAGGACGCGAGAGGAGGUCGAGGAUCAGAGACGUUCAUGGCAGCGAGACCCAUGUGGGUCCAGAGCUCCUCCGGGUGAUGUGGGCGAUGUUUUUGGGACUCAAGCCGCCACAUUGCACCCGUACCCUCGAGACGACAGUGAUUCCGAGGGUCACGAGGACGAGGACGAGCCGGCAGGCCCCGCUAGCGCCACUCCUGCGGCGGAUGAGCGUGAUGAGUGGAGCGACCUAGAGGACGUCCGUAGACGAAGUGACGGAGAUGACCUUUUCGUUCGAGUUGAUUUGGAGGAGGAGUCUGGGGGUUGUCAUGGGAGCCCUUUGGAGCGUCCGAGGCCUACGUCCAAGUCGGAGAUUGGCCAUCUUCCUCUGGGUCGCUCUGGCACGGCAUCAUCCUCCGCUCUUCCCACUUCGACGGAGCAGCUUCAUCGACAACCAGCCGGUGCAGAUCGAUUGCAGAGAUUGGUGAGGGGCCCGAGACAGCGAUUGGAUGACAGAUUGGAGGGCGGUCCUAUGCCGGUGCAAAGUGACGACGGAGACAGACAGGGGUUGGUUGGUGGAGAUGGUGGUGCGCUGGCCGGAGGUGGAGGCGGUGCCGAGGUUGACGCGGUGGUUGAGGGGAUACCAAUGGGCGACAGUGGCGGUUUCAAUGAGUUUGGCGAUAUGGGUAUGCCCCCGGGAGAGAGCAUGGGUCUGGUCCGAGGAGAGAGCGAGUCCCAUGGGGACAUCAGUGUGGGUAUGCAGGACUUACUGGGACAGAUCGGCUUCGCGGACCCGAGUAGUUUCUCCCUUGCCAUGCGCGCAGAGGUGAUGUUGGGGGUAGAGGGGGAUGAGGACCGGACAUCCCCUGGAGAGACAUCUGCAGAGAGGUUGGAUAGGCUUGAUAGUCGUCGAGCGUGCCUCAUAGCACAGAGGGACCCCAGGAGGCAGGUGCUCGCCCGUCUUGCGGCCGAGGACCGACAGAGGCAGCUGGAAACAUAUACACAGGCGUCUGUUAACGUGGGGCCAGCUGCCCACACGGAUACUCCGACAGAGGUUCACGACACGACGCAGCGGGAGGCGGCUUCGGCAGAGGUUUCGAGUACGGGAGUAGAUGUUCAGCAGGGGACGCACGACAGCGGGUCGGCACCGACAGAGGAGCCACGUUCGGAGCCGGCGCAGCCUCCUGCCAUGCAGCUGAGGCCAGAGGAGACAUUGCAGGAGGUCGCGGGCGCAGAGGGGAUAGCGCCGACCCCCGGGGGGGACGGGGCCGUAGCGGGGGUCGUUGGUGUUGGCGGGUCAGGGGUGCCGUCCGCGGCCGAUCCGAUGUCCACGUCCGGCGGGGGAGACCCCGCACAGGUGGAGAGGCGUGACGCGGACGGACAGGAGAUGCCACAGACUCUGCUGGUUCGCACUGCUGUGGGGUCAGUGGUGCCACAUCAGGCACCGUUUUUGGAGGGUUAUAGGCGUCCUGCACAUGGCGGUGGCCCGGUCGAGGAGCGACGUGUAGGCAGGGGCGCGUGCAUACCCCCGGUCCCUACUUUUGCGCCGUCACGUACGAGGCCGGAGAUUAGGCAUGUGGCUACGCCUCGAGGCAGCCUCCCUUUUGGUUUUAUCACCGCUGAGGAGUUGGAGGACCAUGGCAGGAGGGAUUUGACGGAGAUUGACCAGCGCAUUUUGAGGUCAAUCCCGGAGGAGGGAAAACUACCUCACGCGCAGGACUUAUCUUGGGGGCCAGCCAGCCCCAGCUUACCUUCUGGGUGUUCCAUCGCAGAACCAUCUGGCGGGGCUGCAGGGGGCUUACCUUCUGGAGGUUCCGUCGCAGCGGCAUUGGGCGGGGCCGCAGGGGACUCACCUUCUGGAGGUUCGGUCGCAGCGCCAUCUGGAGGCGCCACAGGCCCUUCGUCACCCUUGAGCGCAGCUCCGAGGGAGGGUGGCAGCCUUACCUCGAGGUCGGUCGCCCGUAGACGGAGAGACACUACCCAGCAUGCGCGGGAGUUGCUGGACACCAUGUUGUUCGGUCGCACAGACCGACCAUGGAGUGAGACGAGAUGGGUGGCGACGACGAGUGUUGGUCGUCAGCCAGGUUUGAGAGGGGUUUCCACGAGCGCGAGACGUUGAGAUGUUGUAGCUGCAGGGUUUGGCGGUAGAGGGGGUGGCGGCGGUGGCAGUGGUGGCGACGGUGACGACAGACGUGAGGGCGCACGCGGUGCCACAACGAGCGCAAUGGCUCCGUCGC